AUGCCUUGGAGGGGUCACAGAGGAGUCUCCACGUGCCCUGUGGGGUCCUUGGCUGUCCCCACGUGCCCACCUUGUGCGGUGACACCGGUGACUGCAGACAGAACACGGGGGUGUCGUCCCUGCUGCUGUCACCUGCAGCUCCUGGCACGUCCUAGAGGGGUUCUGGGGGUCACAGCCUGUCCUCCCCUGUCUGUGCAGACCCUGCAGCGAUGGGGAGGCCGAUUGGGCACCGGCAGCCAGCGGGCACAGCACAGCCGAGCCGCUGCCGCCGCCACCGGCCACGUCCCGGGGUGGACGGGGCAGGAGAGCCUCGCCGAGAGCGACCCCGAAAUCUGGAACCUGGUGCAGAAGGAGAAGGAUCGGCAGUGCCGGGGGCUGGAGCUCAUCGCCUCUGAGAAUUUCUGCAGCCGGGCAGCACUGGAAGCUUUGGGUUCGUGCCUCAACAACAAAUACUCGGAGGGGUAUCCUGGGAAGAGGUACUACGGGGGUGCCGAGGGUGUGGAUCAGAUCGAGCUGCAGGUCCUGGAAGUGUUUUUGGGGUGGGGGAAUGGCAAUGGGGUGGCCCCAUUGUGUCCCCCCAGAUACUACGGGGGUGCCGAGGUGGUGGAUCAGAUUGAGCUGAGAGUCCUGGAAGCAUUUUUGGGGUCAGCUGGGGGGUUUGACAAUGAGGUGACCCUAUCACAUCCCCCCAGGUACUAUGGGGGUGCUGGGGUGGUGGAUCAGAUCAAGCUGCAAGUCCUGGCAGCGUUUUUGGGGUACUAUGGGGGUGCCGAGGUGGUGGAUCAGAUCGAGCUGAGAGUCCUGGAAGUGUACUAUGGGGGCGCCAAGGGUGUGGAUCAGAUCAAGCUGCAGGUCCUGGAAGCGUUUUUGGGAUACUACGGGGGUGCCAAGGUGGUGGAUCAGAUCGAGCUGCUGU